AUGGCAAAUUUUGUUGUCUAUAUUGAAGAUGUAGCAGCACUUCCGAUUUACGAUAUCUUUUCUGAAAAUCUAUCAACAAAUCCGAUUUAUACAGAAAAUCAUAGAAAAAAAGAUACAUAUGAAAUAUAUACUACAAGUGUAUCAUCAUUUCCAAUUGACAAUAUCGACUCGGAAAAUCCAACAACAGUUCAACUUCAAUCAGAAAGUCAUCCAUACGAAAAAUCUACAGAGUAUUUAUCAACACUUUCAACACACAGUGCAGACUUCAAAAACGAAGAAACAACAAUACCAACUGAUGAUAUAUAUUAUACACAAGAAGAAUCCACUGAACGAGCAUCGACAGUUUCAGAACACACUACAGACUUCGAAAAUGAGAAAACAACAGAAUCGACUGAUGAAAUAUAUUAUACACAAGAAGAAUCCACUGAACCAACAUCAGCAGUUUCAGAACAACAUACAGAGGCCGAAAAUGAAGAAACAACAGAUAAUGGGUUAUUUAUUGUUACAGAAUCUACUGAACCAGCAUCGACCGUAACAGAACAAAGUGCAGAGUUUGAAAACAAGGGAACAACAGAAUCCACUGAUAAAUUAUAUUAUGCACUAGAAAACUCCAUUGAACCAUCAUCAACGAUUUCAGAACAAAGUACAGAAUUCGAAAAGGAAGAAACAACAGAAUCACCUGAUGAAACGUAUUAUCCACAACAGGAAUCCACUGACCCAGUAUCGAUAGUUUCUGAACAAAGUGUAAAAUUUGCAAAUGAAGAAGUAACAGAAUUGAUUGAUGAAAUGUAUUAUGGACAAGAAGAAUUCGCUGAAUCAGCGUCGACAGUUUCAGAACAAAGUACAGAGUUCGAAAACGAAGAAACAACUGUACCAAUCCACGAAGAAAAAAAUGCAGUAACAGGUAAAUAA